AUGAAGGCAGCAACAGCGCCAAAAUUUGAAUCGGCUCGCCUCGUCAGUGGUCCCGGCAUUGCCAGCCCAACCGUCUACAGUCAGCCUAGCGAGUCAGUAAUCAUGCAGCAUGACUUGAAUACCUCAAGCACAUCUUCGCCAGCAGGCAACGGCAAUGGUUUCCCUCCCUCACCGCCUCAGGUAGGCCGGAAGAGAAAGGCACCCUCUGCUGGUUCGCGAGGUGUGGCAAGCCUCACCCCCGAACAACUCGCCAAAAAGCGCGCAAACGACCGUGAGGCACAGAGGGCGAUAAGAGAACGGACGAAGCAGCAGAUUGAGACUCUCGAGCAUAGGAUACAAGAGUUGACAUCACAGCAGCCUUACCAAGAGUUACAGGCGGUCAUCCGACAGAAGGAUGCGAUACAGGCCGAGAACGAUGAGAUCAGAAGGCGGCUCGCCUCGGUCAUGUCUAUUAUCCAACCUAUCGUUGGAGCCCAAGGACUGACAGGUAGUGAUUGCCCUGAUACCAAAAGACUGGACUUUAUUGACAAGUUUCACGCAGACCUUGCAACGGCGGCACAACACAAUGUACAGACUGCGCUAGGUCAGCAACCCGAUGCGUUUCAUCAUAACAACAUGCCAGCCUCGGAUCCCUACUUGAACGGUCAGCAAGGUGGCCGGCAAUUCACGACGUCUCCUAACAUGUCUCAUGGCCAGAUGGACAAUUCUGCAUACCCAUCGCCUUUUACGCAAGAAGAGCAAGGCAGUGAUAACAACCGGGUAUGGCCAGCAUCGCGAGAUGCUCUCACUCACCAGCGCGAUAAUCUCCAGCGCGGACUCGAGCUAAAUGAAUCUGGAGAGCGUCUGUCUUUCAAUUUUCUGCUGGAUAGCUUGGGCCAAAGAACCUCGAAUCCAGCAAUGCAACAGACAAGUUCGCCAUCACGCCGUACCUCUGCUGCAUAUCCAGGUCCAGUUUCUGUCGUUUCCGAGAGCCAAAUCCAGACACCUUGGACGACACUUCCGAAGAACGUGGCACCCACAUGCCCUCUCGAUGGACUCCUCCUCAAUUUCCUCCAAGCCCGUCAACGCGACAAUUCAAGUCCUGACGCAGUCCUCAACCCUCAUCCCUCUGUGACCUCACUGCUCAAUCCAUCGGGUGACCACCGGGUUGAUCCAGUCUCGCAAUUGAUGGCAGAUAUCAUCUCUAAAUUCCCCAACAUCUCCGAGUUGCCCGAGCGAGUAGGGACGCUCUUUUUGAUGUUCAUCCUGAUGCGGUGGGAAAUCAAUCCAACACAGGAAAACUACGAACAGAUGCCCGAAUGGAUGCGACCUAUCCCAGUACAACUGUUUACACCUCAUCCAGCGUGGAUCGACCACCUCCCUUGGCCACGUAUGCGGGAAAGAUUGGUUAUGAAUUACCACGACUACCCGUUUGAGAACUGGUUUAUUCCAUUCACGUGUGAUUUGAAUGUGAACUGGCCUUACGAUGAUGUGGACUGUCUGCUAUCAACCUCUGAAAAGGCCGAGCCUGUCAUGAACCCGGUCUUUGAGCGACACAUACGACGACUCGAGAACUGGUCAGUCGGUUCAAAUUUUGCAGCGGCAUUUCCGUCCCUGGUGGAUACGACGAGACUGAAUUUGAAGAAUAGGAAGGAUGGUAAAGCGGGAGGGAACAAGACGGGAAUUGGUUCUAAGGGAACCACGCAUCCAUAGUCAUAAUUGACUUGAGGUGUACCACAAGGGGAUUUUUGUUUGUCGUGGAAAUGUACUCCGUACAGAGAGCAUGAUACCCAUUGUGAGAUGAGGAGUUUCGGUGUUAUUUUUACAAUUAGCUACCGUGGCUAGCUUGAGUAGAUAUCUACAGUACCUUGGCUUGUUACUCUGUGGGGUACUUUGGGUGUGGACACGAUGUUAUUGAUUAGCAACAUGGAUAUCCAUACUAUUUGAGAAAUAUAGACAGUCAUAACGUGGU